AUGAAUGGGACCUCCGGUCUCUUACGACUAUGGCAGAUUCCAUCCACUUCUCUGUUAUGUAGACGCUCCAAGUUUUUCAACGGUUUGUAUCUGGUCCCUGGAACGGUUAUAGAUCCGACCCUGUGCUUCUGUAACCAUAUCCAGACUACUGCUUACGGAGUUGUGAAUAGAAGUUAUGUAAUGUCUAUACAGGCCAACCAACAAAAUAGCAUAGAGGACAAAUCAUCAGCACUGCCUGAAACUGUUGGUGCAUUUCAAAAGCUACCCAUGGUGAUGCCAUCCGUUGAUAUUUUAUAUUCGGCAAUGAGGAAAGCAAGGAGGGUCUCAUCUACAAAGGGUAUUGCCAAUAUUGCAAAACGAGAGAGAAAUAGAGGCGCAAAACAACUCGAUGCAUUGAUGAAGGAACUGGCCGUUCCCUUAAGGACAUACAAGGAGAGCUUCCCAAACAAAAAACAUUUGCACCCUUAUGAGAAGUCUUUGAUUGAGUUGACCCUUGGGGAUGGAAACUAUGAAGAGGUUUUAGGAAAGAUUGACGCUUUGAGGAAGAAGGUGGUAUCAGUUGGAAAGGAACAUGCCUCCCUUUGUGCUAAGUCUUUGUCAAAGCGAGAAGCAGAGGAACGGUUGGGUGAGGGAAUAAAAAAACUUGAAGAGAUUUUUCAUCAUCAAGGAAAAGCUGUUGAUGAAUUGUUGAACAUUGCCAAGACUUUGCGGGCAAUGCCAGUAGUGGAUCUAGAAACACCGACACUUUGUCUGGUUGGAGCUCCUAAUGUGGGGAAGUCAUCUUUGGUCCGUAUACUCUCAACAGGAAAGCCUGAGGUUUGCAAUUACCCUUUUACGACAAGAGGGAUUCUAAUGGGUCAUAUUGCUUUAAGCUAUCAGAAUUUUCAGGUGACAGACACACCUGGUCUCCUGAGGCGACGUGAUGAGGACCGGAAUAAUUUAGAAAAGUUGACUCUUGCUGUCCUUUCCCAUUUACCAACUGCUAUACUGUACGUUCAUGACCUAUCUGGAGAAUGUGGGACCUCACCUUCUGAUCAGUUUGUGACUGAGACCUCGGAUCAAAUCCCCACUAUCAUCUGGGUUGGGAAGGGCUUGAACGGGCCCGCGCCGCCAGUGUUUGGUGGGGUUGGGUUUAUUAUCUACAAAGACAUACGAGAAAGGUUUGGCGACCAUCUUUGGCUUGACGUUGUCUCUAAAUGUGAUUUGUUGCAAGAAUCUCCUGUUGUUUUCAUCAAGGAAAAUGAUAAAAAUGAUCAUAUUGAGCUGGCAAAUUACCUGAAAGUGGGCCUGAUGGAGCUUUCCGUGUAUCAGUAA